AAUUACCCGCUGAUUGCAGAAGCCUAAGUCAUAUUUCAUCUUUCCUUGUGUUCAGUUUACUUUCUGCAUGCUGUGGUUUGAAGUUGUUUAUUACGCUUUCUCAAGGAUUGUCUUAUUUGUAGACAGGAUGAAGUUAAGUGAUGUCUGAAACGUAAAAUACGACAUUGGUGACGUCGUGUGUAACAGAGCUGUGUAACAACAACAACUUUGAGCCUACAUGUAUGAUGAUGUGACGAAGCUUCUUAGGCUUUAGAAUUUCUCUUUGUCUGUUGUAUUUUUUUCCAACUGCUUCACAUAUGCAGUUGACAGUUAAAGUUAUAUUUUGAAGCUUUGAUUGAGUAAAAAGGAGAAAUCAUGGUGAGGUACCCGUAAAAUUAAAGGAGAGACUGGAAACAGCUGAGUGAGAUUGUCUCUGUCGUUGGUGGCGGCUUUUCUGGGACUUGUGUAAGUUCCUCGAAAUUCUUCAAGUCUCAGGAUUUUGCAUUGAUUGGACAUUGGAGAUGGAUACCCCAAGCCACUUUCCUUCAUUCCCUUCUGGGCUGACUCCACAGCCACAGACCCCGUCGCCAGCUCAUCUACUCAGCGUGGGUCCUCCCUCACAGCAGAGCCCCUUUCCUUCACCAGCAAACCCAUUUAGUGCUCUCAGUCAAGUCAACCUAAUGCCACCUUCCAAUGCAAGUCCAUACCCAGCAACUCCAACCCCAGGAGGACCACUGACCCCAGGGACUCCAGUAUCAGAGGGUUCUGGAAUAAUCCCUCAGCUACAGAAUAUUGUAUGUACAGUGAAUCUCGGUUGUAAGCUAGACCUUAAGAGGAUAGCUUUACAGGCAAGGAAUGCUGAGUACAAUCCUAAGCGUUUUGCUGCUGUCAUCAUGAGGAUUCGGGAGCCCAGGACUACUGCUCUUAUCUUCAGCUCAGGAAAGAUGGUCUGUACAGGGGCAAAAAGUGAAGAGAAAGCCAAGUUAGCAGCCAGAAAGUAUGCAAGAAUUGUCCAGAAGCUAGGGUUUGCAGCAAAAUUUUUAGACUUUAAAAUUCAGAAUAUGGUUGGAAGUUGCGACGUGAAAUUCCCGAUUCGUCUAGAAGGUUUGGUGCUAACCCACGGUCAGUUUUCCAGCUAUGAGCCAGAGUUAUUUCCUGGGUUGAUAUACAGGAUGGUGAAGCCUAGGAUUGUCUUGCUGAUCUUUGUGUCAGGCAAAGUUGUGUUGACAGGUGCUAAAGUCAGGCAGGAAAUCUAUGAUGCUUUUGAGAACAUUUAUCCUAUCCUGAAAGGAUUCCGGAAACAGUGAUGACAGAGUUACUGUAGUACACAUGGGGGUUACAUAUACAGCACUGAUAAAGCCACAUGGAGUCCUGCUGGAAGUUUGCACCAAGAUUAGAAUUUCUGAUUUUACGAAAGGGCUUUUUUGCAACUCACCUAGCUGUAAGAAGCUUAUGACAGAUGUUUGAUUUACCACUAAGUUCAGGCACCAGGAGAGCUAUUCCUAACUAUUUUGAGAGCCUGGAUGUGGUUGGCUGAUUAAGGGUACUAUGUGACACCAGUUUUGUAGGAGUCUAGUGUCCCAGAGCCUGUGUUAUACUGUAUCAAUAAUUUUACGACCACUACCAAAGUACUUGGAAAAGGUGGAUUGUUUUGAUUAUCUGUUGAGCUGAACAUGUUAAGUGAUCUCAAGGUUGAUUAUGCCCUUGAUUAGACGGUGCCAUGAAAGCAGCACAAGGUAAGAUAAUAUGUAAGUAAGGCAGUUGGACGUGUAAGGCAGUUGGACGUGUAAGGCAGUUGGACGUGUAAGGCAGUUGGACGUGUAGGAAAAGGAACGAUUUGUCAUCUUGGAUAUCAUCUUCAUCAUUUGUAUAUAUAUAGAUUCACAUUUUAUUAAUUUUUUGUUUUUGUCUGGCGCCACCAGAUGAGAAUGCAAGCAUACCAUGUUCUGCAUCAGUGUACAUACAUUUGUAUCCUCAUGGCUCAGCCAGCCUAAGCCACACAUGUUGGAGCACUGCCAGUGUGUAUGAUUCUCUGUAGCUCUGAUUCUGUUCUGUACAUUCUGUACAUUGUACAAAUGUCACAUCCCUGAGUAACCAUCCCGGGCAGCAUGUAUUGAAACCAUGCUCUAUGUAUGGCCUGAACACAUUGUUCCCCAUGUUGUCUGCUGUUAUCUCUUAUAGCAAUUUUCUGGUAAAGGUUGGGCAAUUAAUGAAGACUCUGCAGAGACCCAAGAGAUCUCGAAAAUCUUUUGUGUACCAGUCAAGAAACAUUUUUCCAGCUAGGAAUUAUUUUUCCAAUGAUUUUGACCACUUAAAUCAGUCACAUUUGAAAGUGCUCUUUGAAAAUGUCCUUACCCAACCUUAUUUGCAUUCUGUCUAAACAUUUUAUUUAUACUUCACAUAAACUGUAUGUUUUGUACAUUCUGUACAACACUUACACGAGGUUGCCAUUUGGCUUUUUAUCUUUUGUUGAUCAUGGUUCAGAAUAAAUGUGUUCAUUUUCUGUCGUUGAAAUCAUGAAAAUAAAUGAGUACAGGUACAUUUAUUGUUUCACUUUGUACAGUUAAUAAAAAGAGUAUUCUAUUCAUUA